UGAUAAAUAAUAAACAGAGGGAGAAGAGAAAGAAAGGAUUCACAAUUCACAAAGCAAGGUUGGAGAGAAGAGACAGAAUAGAAUUAGACUGAAGAGAAACAGAGAAAGUGCAAGAAGAGAGCACUCCUCAAUUUGACAAACAAAACAGGGAAACUGAAGCAAUAAUUUAGGAAAAAAUAAUUCCAACUCUUGUUUUCCAUCUGGGAUGAGAGUAUACCACUGUCUUUUCUGAAGAUUAUAGUGUAAUUUGUUUAGAUCUUUAAGAGAUGGAGAAAGAAGAGAGGGGCCAAAAAACAUGCAAAACAAUAGAGCCGGAGCUAUUUUUACAGUGGGGGAAUAGAAAGAGGCUAAGAUGUGUGAGAGUUAAAGAUCCUCAAAAAAUCUCUCAUAAAUCAAAUGCUGUAAUUCGUAGGAGAAUCACUUCUCGGCUUUUAGACAAGGAAUCCUCCCCUUUUUCUCAGCCCAAUCAUCGUCUCACUAGGAAUUCUGAGGCAGCUAUGCUCCGGUCAGGUACAACGGAGCACCGGAAAACUUUGUCACCGGAGAAGGAGGAUAGGUUCUACACAACAAGGGGCUCAUCAGUAGGUUUGGUGGAUGAGAAUGGGAAGGUUGCAGAUUGUAAUAAUGGAGAGGAUAACAAAGGGCUAGUGUGGCCAAAGCUGUUUAUCACUUUGUCAAGCAAAGAGAAAGAGGAAGAUUUUAUGGCAAUGAAAGGGUGUAAGCCCCCUCAAAGGCCUAAAAAGAGAGCCAAGAUUAUCCAAAGGAGCUUACUUCUGGUGAGCCCUGGGGCAUGGUUGACUGAUAUGUGCCAAGAGAGGUAUGAAGUUAGGGAAAAGAAGAGCUCUAAGAAGAGACCCAGAGGAUUGAAGGCCAUGGGGAGUAUGGAAAGUGAUUCAGAUUGAGAGAUAUGUCCAUAUAUGGCAGCAGCAGAGGCUUUUUCUCUUCUGAAUUUUGGGGAAUAUUUUUGCAUUUGAUGUCAAUGGGGUUGUUGGAGUUUUGGAGAGAAAAGUAUAGAAAAGUUAAGGAGUCCCUGCAGGGUUUGUUGUAUAGAAGUUAAAAAUUUCAUUUUUAUAAAUGAGAAUAAUCAUCUUUCCUCUCAAUUCAUUCCCAUACUCCCAAAAUUUACUGCAGACAAA